AAGUUGUAACAUCUCUGAGAAAGUCCUUCGAUAAACGUUUCGUAAUAGGUUAAGUUGUUGGUGUUACCCAUGCAUGAGAACUAUUGUAAAGUAAACUGAUAUGGGAGAUCGAACGACGUAUUCCGGUAGCAUGUAUUCCGAUUUUUCGAAUAAGGAUUCCGACUUGAACGUUACAGGCUCAACGAAAAACCUUGCCCCACUCUCUCCUUACCUGAACUUCAACCCUGUGUACCUACCACAAAGCCAGCCGGAAUUCAUAUUCCCUGAAGGUGCUUCGAGACAGAGAGGGCGAUAUGAGCUAGCGUUUUCACAGAUAGGCGUUUCAUGCAUGGCUGGAGCAACAAUAGGAGGCAUUAACGGAUUUUACAAUGGGCUGAAAAGUACAACCCUUGCAGGACAUACUGGGAAGCUGAGAAGAACACAGCUCCUAAAUUAUGUUAUGAAACAAGGAGCAGCAACUGCCAACACCCUUGGCGUCAUAGCCGUUAUGUACAGUGGCUUUGGCACAAUAUUGUCAUGGAUGAGAGGAUGUGAUGACGAACUCAAUACAAUCUCAGCUGCAACUGCAACAGGCUUGUUGUACAAGUCAUCAGCUGGAUUGAGAAAGUGUGCAAUUGGAGGAGGAGUUGGAUUCACCCUUGCAGCAGCUUAUUGCUUGUGGAGUUCUAGGGAUAAAUUGCAAGAUUUUCGCCGUGAAUUCAAUCCAGCACGAAAAUUCUAAUGGGCACUCCGUACUAGCAGCGCACAAGUGCUAACUUCAGUUGGGGCAAGUGGCAGCAGGAAAAGGUCACAGUUUGAGUGAUUAUAUUAUAUUUAUCAGUGGUUUUUGAGUAAUUUAUAUGACUGAAACAUGCUGUGAUUUUGUGAAUACUCAUGUAUUUUUAAGCUAAUAAAUAGUUAUUUUUUGA